AUGUCUGAACACCCGAACGACACCAACGUUAGACUUCGUAUUUGGCAGCAAAAUCUCAACACAUCCAUGACGGCCCAAGCUUUGUUACUCAACAGUUCCUUCGCCACGAAAUGGGACAUUAUGGUUAUCCAAGAACCCUAUAUCAAUUUCCUUCGUAAUACUUGCGCCAAUCACUGUUGGCAUGUGAUAUAUCCUUCACAGCACUAUACUCACCCACAGCGACACUCUCGCGCUAUCACCCUCAUCAAUACAUCAAUCAACACUAAUUCCUGGAAACAGAUCUUUUUCCUGUCAUCCAACAUUGUAAUUAUUCAACUUUCUGGCACUUACGGUUGCUGUUCUAUUUUUAACAUAUAUAAUGAU